AUGCCAUACGUGAGAUUGGGAAAGAGUGGACUGAAGGUAUCGCGUCUCAUUCUCGGCAUGGCAACCUACGGUACCAAGAAAGAUGUUGCGUGGCGCAUCGAGGAGGAGGAGGCGCUGCAGCACUUAAAGAGAGCUUGGGAACUGGGUUUCAACACACCCGAUACGUCCAAUUUCUACUGUAACGGUAUUAGCGAGGAGAUUCUUGGGAAGUUCCUCAAAACCGUUCCACGUGAGUCAGUCGUUGUGAUGACCAAGUCUUUCCACCCGGUUGGAGACUCCGAGAAGCAAGGCCCGGCAGGCUUGACCAUGACGUCUGGGAACAACCGAAAGCACAUCUUUGAUAACGUAAAGCUGGCACUAAAGAGGCUGGACACAGAUUACAUCGAUGGCCUGCAGAUUGAAGAGACCAUGACAGCCCUGCAUGAUGUGGUCAAAGCAGGCUACGUACGCUACAUCGGUAUCAGUAGCUGUUGGGCUUGGCAGUUCCAUGCAAUGCAAAACUACGCUCUGAACAAUAACCUCACUCCGUUUGUCAAUUGCCAGAAUCUCUACAAUCUCCUAUAUCGAGAAGAAGAAAGAGAGAUGAUGCCAUUGUUGAAAUACCUUGGCGUCGGCUCGACCCCAUGGAGCCCUCUCGCGAGAGGUCACUUGGCGCGACCUCUGUCCCGUGCCUAUGAGACGGCCCGCUCAACUUCUGAUGCCUAUCAUGAUGAAGGCUUGCUUGGUGCAGAGUGGGAGAAAGAAGUCAAUCGAAGGGUUGAGCAGCUGGCCGAGAGGCGGGGAUACAACAUGGCUCAGAUCGGUCUUGUCAUACUCUUCCAAGUAUGGUUUCUCCAUAAGGACGCUGUCGCUGCUCCCAUUGUGGGCGUCUCGAAGAUUGAGCGAUUUGAAGAGACUCUUGCUGCACUUGAGAUCGAGCUGAGUGAUGAGGAGAUCAACUUUCUCGAAGAGCCUUACCAACCGAGAUCGACCGCCAGUUUUGUUUGA